AUGUUUAAACCCACUAGUGUAUGUCUCAGUGCGCUUUCGAAGCGGACGAAAAGAGUCCAGGUGCAACUCUUGAAGGAUUUUCCCAGGUUCCACCUCUACAAAGGUGAAGUUGCCAGGGUCAAGCCCUCUCUAAUGGUGAACUACUUGCAUUACGGUAAUGGAGCACGUUAUAUACUGUUCGAAGACCAAGUGGAUCAAGGAUUGCUCGAAUAUAGUAAAAAGCAGGCUGAGCUAAGGAAAGCCAGUCAGCCAAGCGCAUCCAAAGUGGUUUCUGAGACUACUGCUUCUACAGCGGCAACGACAGCAGGCAUUAGAGCUGAUGUGAAAGAGGAAGAACCACCAGCUGAAAAGAAGAAAGGAUUCCUGGAUUCUGAUAUCACUGUUAAUGAUGUUAAGAUACCAGGUCUUCGCAUCUAA